UUUGGCUCCUUUGCUUUAAAUAUCCUUCAUUUCCCCCCGGCAUAUGCUUUCCGAAUCUCCCCUUAUCCCCUCUCUCUUUUCCCUUACAAAUUCUCACUCCAAAUUCAAAUCUCCCUUGAACUGCUUACUCUCUAUCCCUCUCCAAUGGCGUCCUCGACGCCAGUGCUUCAGCAGCACAACAACCUUCUUUUCACUUUCACCUCAAAAUAUACAAAUUCACUUUUCUUCUUCAACUCUUAUAGAGACUCUUCUCUUAAUUAUGUAACGAAGCCUCUACCCUCUACAUCUUCCUCUUCUCUGUUUUCAUCACCAUUUCAAUACUCGCGUCCUUUAGUUCGACUCACGCGCGUUACCACCGCGCCUGUAGAGUACGUGCCACCAGCACCUGACUUUGAUUUUCACAAAGAAAUCGCCAGGUUAAAAGAUUUGAAAUCGAAGCUUGAUAAUUGUACUAAUUUGAAGGACAGAAUCAGAGUGAUUGACUCUGAUAGUCGUGUAAAUUCCUUUUUUUAUUCGCAUAAGAAUUCGUUUUCUAGGGUUUUGGACACUUUGCAUUUGGAUAAGUAUGAAGUGUUUUUGCUUAAAUGCGUGGUUGCUGCCGGGCAACAGCAUGUUUUUGGUGAUGUUUGUACAGAGUUUGACGCCACAAGAAGUUCACUGAAGAGUGCUUUUUAUGCUUUGGCGGAGAUGAUUGACAAUUGGGAUGUAAAUGAGGGUAUUGGUCGCCAUGGUGUUAAUGGUUAUGGCCUUGGAAUUGAAGAGCUUGAGGCAUUGAGGUCAAUGUUGAAAAUUAUUGCAGAGGUCGAGCGGUUUUAUGAUUGCAUUGGAGGAAUAAUAGGGUAUCAAAUCAUGGUCCUUGAGCUUCUUGCUCAGUCAACUUUUGAACGAUCGUGUCUGUCCCAUAACUCAAAUAGUUCUCUCAAGCGUGACAUAACAGAAAUUCAUCCUCCAAAUGUGCUUGAUCUUUCUCAUGAUUUAGAAUAUGCAUCUCAAGCAGCUAUAUGGGGAAUCGAAGGUUUGCCAAACAUGGGUGAAAUAUAUCCUCUUGGUGGCUCGGCAGACAGGCUGGGUUUGGUUGACUCAAACUCAGGUGAAUGUCUUCCAGCUGCAAUGCUUCCAUACUGUGGGCGUACUCUAUUAGAAGGUCUUAUAAGAGAUCUUCAGGCUAGGGAGUACCUGUAUUUCAAGUUAUACAGAAAACAAUGCAUCACUCCAGUUGCAAUCAUGACAAGUGCAGCAAAAAGCAAUCAUGAGCGUGUCACCACACUCUGUGAGGAACUCCGCUGGUUCGGAAGGGGAAGAUCAAAGUUUAAACUUUUCGAGCAGCCUCUUGUUCCAGCUGUUAGUGCAGAAGAUGGGCAGUGGUUGGCUGGUAGACCAUUCAAACCUGUAUGCAAGCCAGGUGGUCAUGGGGUGAUCUGGAAACUUGCUUAUAAUGAAGGUGUUUUCCAGUGGUUUCAUGAUCAUGGAAGACGAGGUGCAACCGUGCGACAAGUCAGUAAUGUUGUGGCAGCGACAGAUGUGACUCUUUUGGCUUUAGCUGGAAUUGGUUUGCGUCAAGGAAAGAAACUGGGCUUUGCUUCGUGUAAGCGAAAUGCUGGUGCUACUGAAGGCAUAAAUGUUCUUAUUGAGAAGAAGAAUCUUGAGGGGAAAUGGACUUGUGGUAUAUCCUGCAUAGAAUAUACCGAGUUUGACAAGUUUGGGAUGACAGAUAAUCCCCUUUCUACUUACAGUGUACAGGACGAAUUUCCUGCCAAUACAAACAUUCUAUAUGUUGAUUUGCCCUCUGCUGAGCUUGUUGCUUCAAGUAAUGAUGAGACUAGUUUGCCUGGAAUGGUGCUUAAUGUGAAAAAGGAAAUCACAUUUGUGGACCAGUUCGGAAGCAAGCAUAGUGUCCGAGGUGGUCGUCUUGAAUGCACAAUGCAAAACCUUGCUGACAACUUUAUCAAUACAUGCUCAUCUCAAUGUUAUGAUGGUGUCAAAGAUGAACUAGAUACUUUUAUUGUAUACAAUGAAAGAAAGAAGGUGACAUCAUCUGCCAAGAAGAAACGUAGACAGGGUGACACGUCGCUUCACCAGAAAUUAGAUGGGAUCAGAAGUACUACUAUAACUCAUUGGAAUCGAAAUUGUUCUUUGCAGACUCCAGAUGGAUCGCUAUUGGAUAUAAUGCGUAAUGCCUAUGAUAUUCUUUCUCACUGUGAGAUCAAACUUCCAAAGAUUGAAGGUAAUGAAAAGUAUGUUAACUCUGGGCCUCCAUUUCUAAUUCUUCUCCAUCCUGCUCUAGGCCCCCUUUGGGAAGUAACCAGACAGAAGUUCCAUCGAGGUUCUAUCUCUAGGGGUUCAGAGUUGCAAAUAGAGGUUGCUGAAUUCUUGUGGAGAGAUGUGCAGCUUGAUGGGAGUUUGAUCAUUUUAGCUGAGAAUGUUCUAGGUUCUCCAAGGAUUGAUGAAAAUGGUGAAACCGUUCUUCAUUAUGGAAAAAGGUGUGGGAGAUGUAAGCUGGAGAAUGUCAAGAUAUUGAAUGAUGGAAUUGAUUGGAAUGCAAGAGAAAAUUUAUACUGGAAGCACGAUGUGCAGCGGUUUGAGGCAGUAAAGGUGAUACUUCAUGGAAAUGCAGAAUUUGAAGCAGUGGAUGUUAUAUUGCAGGGUAAUCAUGUUUUUGAAGUUCCAGAUGGUUACAAAAUGAAGAUAACAACUGGAGAUUCAGGGUUAGCUGUUGAACUUAAACCUAUUGAGAAUAAGUUGAUGGAGUCUGGAAGCUGGUUUUGGAACUACAAGAUAAUGGGCAACCAUGUUCAGUUGGAAUUGGUGGUGUUAUAGGAGGAUUGACAGAUACCUACCCACUUUUGUGAAUCAUGGUUCACAACUGGGGCUUGUAACUGGUUCAGGCUUGGUUGAACAAAAGUUGAACCACUCGACUCUGCAUCAGUUUUGUGAUAAUGAGUCUUAAUGCCAUAUAAUAACAAAGUGAUUGAGGCUGUUUGUAAUUUAGUUGUAAAUCAUGUGCAAGCACAAUUUUACAACUCUCAAUACCACAGUUGUAUAUUUUCUUUCCUUUUUUCCCCUGUAUAAAUGUGAAUAAUUGAGUUCCACUCCAGGUUUCCUGGUCAUUGUUGUAUACUUCUUGAUUUCUGUAACAAGAUCGAUUCUAUGAAGGAUAUAUGCUCGUG